CCGUCAGUCAGUGCACGCGCACUGCUGCGGUUCAGUGACAAGAAAAAAAAUGGCGAGCGAGACCGGAAAGUAUAGGAGUGCCAUCAGCAAAAGUAAAGAUCCCUCAGGCUUACUUAUUUCUGUUAUAAGGACUCUGUCAACUAGUGAUGAUAUUCAUGAUCGAGAAGCUGAGAAGGGCCGUCUUGAGGAAGCUUAUGAGAAAUGUGACCGUGAUUUAGACGAAUUGAUUGUACAGCACUAUACAGAACUUACCACAGCUAUCAGGACGUACCAAAGUAUCACAGAACGUAUCACCAGCUCACGUAACAAAAUCAAGCAGGUAAAGGAGAACCUGCUUUCAUGCAAAAUGCUGCUCCACUGCAAAAGGGAUGAGCUACGCAAACUUUGGAUUGAAGGUAUUGAACACAAGCAUGUCCUAAAUUUGCUCGAUGAAAUCGAGAACAUCAAACAGGUGCCACAAAAGCUGGAGCGAUGCAUGGCAAGCAAACAUUAUCUUCAUGCCACAGACAUGCUGGUCUCUGCAGUAGAUUCUUUGGAGGGACAGCUGCUACAAGUGGAAGGACUGAGCGAUCUGCGUCUAGAGCUCCACAGCAAGAAAUUGAACAUGCAUUUGGUGUUAAUUGAUGAGUUACACCGCCAUCUGUAUAUCAAAUCCACAAGUCGUGUGGGCAAUCAAAGCCGGGAUAAAAACAAAAUUGGCUUACUUGGCAAAGAUGCAUCUUUGGUUCCUGUUAUUCCAGUUAUUGAUGCCAACUUGGGAUCUACUUCUAGGAAAUUUAUGGAUAACACUCAGUACAGCAAUUCAGUAAGCACAGCUGUGAAAGAGGUAAACCUUCAAGACAUAAAGGAGGACCCAGAGUGCGAUCCAGAGGAGAACAGCAUACUUUUUAUGGGCAUUCUGGUAAAAGCCCUGGCCAAGUUGAAGAAGAUUCCUGAGACAAUCAAAGCCAUCAAGGAACGCUUCAAUCAAGAACUGGAACAGAUUGUGAAACGGUCCACAACCCAGAUCGCAGAUCAUGCUUAUCAACGAGGUGAAGUUGUCUCACAAGAGAAUCAACCGAGGUUACUGCUGGAGCUUCUAGAGUUGCUGUUUGAAAAGUUCUAUGCUGUAGCUGCUGCCCAUAAAAUUAUUCUCAGCUAUCUUCAUCAAAUGGUCGUGUCGCCUUCUGGUUUGAACGUGAGUGAGAUCAAACUGUACGACAUGGCAGAAGUCUGGGCUCGGAUCCAGAGUGUGCUCCAGAUGCUGUUGACAGAAUACUUAGAUGUGAAGAAUACUCGAACUGCCUCUGAACCUUCUUCACAGCUCAGCUAUGCCAGCUCAGGAAGUGACUUUGCAGCAUUCUUUGCCAAAAAGAGACCUCAGAGGCCCAAAAUGUCUCUUUUUAAGUUUGAAUCCUCUUCACAUGCUAUCAGUAUGAGUGCAUACCUCCGUGAGCAAAGACGGGAGUUAUACAGCAAGAGUGGUGAGCUACAAGGAGGAGCUGAUGACAGUCUAAUCGAAGGAGGAGGCACGAAGUUUGUCUGCAAACCUGGAGCUCGGAACAUCACAGUUAUCUUCCAUCCGUUGUUAAGAUUCAUUCAGGAGAUUGAAGUUGCCAUGUGGACUGGUUCUGGCAAGCAGUGCCCACUGCGUGAGUUCCUCACCAUGUAUAUCAAGAACUUCUUCCUAAAUCAGGUGCAUCUUGAUGUCAAUAAAGAAAUCGAGGCUGCAACCAAAGUUGCCGAUCCUUUGAAAGUGUUGGCCAGUGCUGAUACAAUGAAAGUUUUGGGUGUGCAACGACCCCUCCUUCAGAGCACUGUUGUUGUGGAGAAGUCAAUGCAGGAUUUGGUGAACCUAAUGCACGAUCUGAGUGCAUAUUCUGAUCAAUUCCUGAAUAUGGUGUGUGUGAAGCUCCAGGAGUACAAGGACACAUGUAUAAUUGCCUACAGGAGCAUUGUUCAGUCAGAAGAGAAGCUAAUCAUCAGUGCAUCAUGGGCCAAGGAUGAAGACAUAAGUCGACUGUUGACAUCCCUCCCAAACUGGACAAACAUGACUCAGCCCAAACAAAUGCGGCCUAAGCGGGAAGAUGAGGAAGACUUCACAAGAGCUGCCAAUGCAAAAGAAUCUGAAGUGUUGACUGGCAACUUGGGAGACAAGCUUAUCCCACAGAAUGAAAUCCUAAGAGAUGUCAGCGACCUAAAGGCCUUGGCAAAUCUACACGAGAGUCUGGAAUGGUUAUCAGCUAGGCUGAAGGGAUUUUUUUCUAGUCUGCCUACUGUAUCCAGCUCAUUUUCUCCAGGACAAGAAGCUCAUGUAAACAUGGAUAUUCCUCCAGUGUCUGAGCAGAUAAUGGAAACUCUCAAUGAUCUUGCAAAGUCAUUUCAGGAAAUGGCUGACCGAUGCCUGCUGGUGCUUCACUUAGAAGUCAGAGUUCACUGCUUUCACUAUUUAAUCCCACUGGCCAAGCAAGGCAACUAUGCCAUUGUUGCAAAUGCAGAGAGCAUGGAUUAUGACCCCUUGGUGGUGCGACUGAACAAAGAUAUCAGUGCCAUUGAGGAAGCGAUGAGUGGCAGUCUGCAGCAACACAAGUUCCAAUACAUUUUUGAAGGCCUGGGCCACCUGAUUUCCUGCAUUUUGAUCAAUGGUGCACAGUAUUUCAAGCGGAUCAGUGAAUCAGGAAUCAAGAAGAUGUGCAGGAACAUAUUUGUACUGCAGCAGAACCUGACCAACAUUACCAUGUCUCGGGAGGCGGACCUGGACUUUGCAAGACAAUACUAUGAGAUGCUGUACAACAAUCCAGACGAGCUUCUUAACCUAGUGGUGGACCAAGGGGUAAAGUACACAGAAUUGGAGUACAUCAAUGCCUUAAGCCUCCUCCAUCGCAGCCAAACUGGAGUUGGAGAUCAGACCACUCAGAACAUGCGAUUGCAACGGCUGAAAGAGAUGAUCUGUGAACAGGCUGCUAUAAAACAGGCCACCAAGGACAAGAAGAUCACUACAGUCUAAAUGCCCAGCCUCAAAGUAGGGACUCAAGACAGUACAACUCCAUCUUAUUUAGAGUUGUGGCUAGCCUCAAAGGCAGCUUGCCAUCGUAUUCAGUGUGUGUUUGUUUUGAUCUAUUAGCAGUGAAAUUUGUACAUAGAUUAUAAAGUUUAAGUUGGCAUUAUUGUAGCUUGUUGCCUUCUGAGAAGUAGUAAGGGAAUUUCUUUGCAGAAAGCAGUUUGAUUCUUGUGGGCCAGUUUUCCUUUUUGCUGGCCAAUUGAAACUUAAGUACAGAGUUAGCAGGCAACAUCAUACUCUUUAUUUUGCCUCCAUAUUCCGGCUUUAGGAAACCUGGUUGCCUGUCUUUAUUUCCCUGUGCUUCUUUCACCGUCAGUGCCACCCAAUGAUUAGCUGACUACUCUCAGUUUCUAGCUGCUAACUUUAUUCACCCGCACACAAUGCAGUUGAUGUGCAACAGUACAGUUCUCCUUAGCUAAUAGUUGGUAAAUUCUCCAAAGGUGGCAACCUAAAGUCAGUCAAUAGAACUUCCCCUCCCAAGCCACCAAAUUGCUCUGUGAUCCAGUUGAAGUUUCACUUGGUUACCAUAAAAGGGAUUAGCUGUGGAAACAAAACCAAAAUGGUACAUUUCUUUCGCAAAAAUGAACUAUUAAUGGCAAGCACAUUUAGUAAAUAGUAUUUUAGCUUCAAAUAUUUCAAAUUGGCACAAAUUGCUACAAAAUUUGCAUUGUUUUAAUCUAAUAUUCAACAACUACAGUUUAGAUUUCACAGCCUGAAUGAGUUCAUAAUUUUUGCUAAAUUUGAUCAUCAUACUUGGAUUUUAAAGUAAAACCUAGCACAAUAAUGGACACUUAAUGAUGGAGAAUGAACUGGUGAGGUUUGGAUUUGUUUUACUGUGUCAUUGGCCCCAGAAUCUAAGUCACAUGGCAAAAAGGCCUUUGGAUCAAGCAGAUCAGAUUAGCAAUUUGAGAUAAACUGAAGUGUAAUUGUAAAAAGAUGCAAAUAAAUUUGGGCAAGUGUGCAGAGACUUCCCUUUUUUGUAUCUGAUAUAUGUAGGCCAAUUAAAGAGGUUUCCCCUUAUUUUUUGUGCUGAUCCCCUUUUUAAUUUGUCUGUGCAAAAUAUCAAUAUCCAAGUGAGCCAUGGUAUGACAAAAAAAACUCCUACACUCUAUUAUGUAUUUUGUCAAUAGAAGCAGCUCGGGUACAAACUAUAAAUCAGGACUGGUCACUUGCAAAAAAAAAAGUACAUUUUGCACAGAACAGUUAUUGUAACAUCUGUUAUGUUGUUAUUUCGAUUCACAAAAAUGGAACAUGGAAUGUCUUUCCUGUCCCAAGUUCCUUUAUAUAUAAAUGCCCUUAACUGCAUAAUCUGUACUAUUUAUUACUGCACUGCAUGAAUCAGAGAUCAUUUUUUCUUCUAAUGUGCACACAAAAUAUUCUGCAAUAAAGCUGAAAAAAGAAUUUCUCA